AACAAUGGCUGACUUUGACACAAUUUACGAAGAAAGAGAAGACGAAGAAGAAAAUAUAGACAACUAUACGAUAUAUGUGCCUGAUCCUAUUAUAAUAAGGGGUGCAGGAAACGUUACAAUAUUUGGUUUAAGUAACAAGUUUGAAACAGAUUUCCCUCCAGGUCUUUCAGCAAAGGUAGCACCAGAGGAGUUUAAAGCAACCAUCACAAGAAUCAACAAUGUUCUGCGCAAGGCUCUCCCUGUCAAUGUCAAGUGGCUGUUCUGUGGGUGCAUUUGUUGCUGUUGUACACUGGGCUGUUCCUUAUGGCCAGUGGUCUGUUUAAGUAAAAGGACACGCCAUUCUCUGGAGAAAGUUUUAGAUUGGGAAAACAGUCACUUAUAUCAAAAAUUGGGCCUACAUUGGAGAUUGAAUAAGCAGCGCUGUGAUUCCAGUAGUAUGAUGGAAUAUGUAUUGGUUUUGGAAUUUAUCCCCAAAGUGCCAAUUUUUCGACCCGAUUAGAGCAAGAGAUUGAGUCAAGUCAGCCGGAUUACUUGUCCAGAUUAAGUGUACAUACAAUCAAGGCUAGAUGAUUUACUUUGCAUUCCAGUUUCUGUAACAUCAAAUCACCCAUUUCCUUGAUCUCCUUUCAUCUGAAGACGGUCACAACUUUUCUUUACUCAUUCACAUAAGACACAUUUUUGGAAAACAAAUUAAUGAAUCAUCAAGAUAUAUGUUUGUAACAUUUCAUCAAUAACUCAUGUAUCACUUUAAUUAUUGUUUCAUUAUUAUUAUUGUUAUCACCUGUUCAAUUUUUCUGGGUUUGAAAAGAGCUGAGCAGAAUGUGUUUUACAAAAUGUAACCCUAUGUUCUUGUUAGUUUAUUCUUCUGGUUGUCUUGCUGUGUUGAGGUGUGGUACUGGCUAGAUGUAGGACCUAUGUUCUUGUUAGUUUAUUCUUCUGGUUGUCUUGCUGUGUUGAGGGUGUGGUACUGGCUAGGUGUAGGAGCUGUCUGUUAAAGUGAUUAGUUUAUUCACAACUUUUCUCUUUACUAGUGCUGUUUCUUCUGUACGCUAGCAAUAGAGCUCAAAGAUUUAAGUUUUUGUUAAAAGGGGAGUUAAAAUAUGGGCUCUCUAUUGAGACCAAUUCAAAAUAAUAUAAUUUUUAUUCUUCUGUCAUUUUUACUCAUAUUACAAAUUCUUCUUCUUUAAAAAAUAUGCAUAUUUAUUUAAAUUUAUUAUAUAUUCUUUAACUAGUCAUGAAAUCUUGAAUAUUUUUAUGUACAAUAUGUGACUCAGUGAAAAGCAAGCAGAAUUCAUAUUGAUCAAUAUUCUCUGGACUUUCCUCAAAGCUAUUGACUGUAUAUUUUGGUCUGUGAGGUGGGAUUGACACAAGCAAUGCAAAAUAUUUGAACCAUUGUAACUUAUAUUUUCAACUGUACAAUUCAUGUAUACAUCAGCCAUUUAUUUUAAAAGGCACAAAUCAAACUGAAAUCCUUUAAAAAUUAUAUUUGUGUUUAUGCCUUUCAUGUGCCAAACAACAAAAUUUUAUUGUAUUUAGCAAAAACUCAGAUAGUUAAAUAGUCAAAAUACAGCAUUUUGACACCUAGCAAUCUCUUCUUGUAAACUGGGGGGUUGUUUUUUUAUACCAGGUGUUGUUAAUAUAGGGUAAGUGUAUCUAAAGCUACUUCUUAACUUCUAAAGUUUAGGGGGGUGUUAUUUUAUAUGUCUAGUCCUCUGAAAAAAAAUACAUGAGAUAUAAAAACAAUGUAUUUUUAUAGUAAAUUUAAAUGAAAUUUUGUAAUUGUUCAAGCAAUGAGCAUUAUUUUGUUUGUACAAUUGGAAGCAAAAAUGUAAUUUGUUUUUUAUGAACUCGGUUCACAUUUCCUGAAUGAUGAGCUCUCACAUGUAGCUUUUUUAGUUUGUAAUUCUUUAUGUGAUUUUUUUAUUCCUGCUAAAUCUUGAAUUUUUUCUCUGCUGUCAACUAAUCAAUUCUUGUGCUUUCUUAGAGUCCCUGGAUUUAGGCAGCUAAUUGUAGUUCUCUUUCAAGGGUUUGUUCAAAGAAAUAUAUGGAAGAUGAAGUUGUACAUUGAAAUAAUUUGUUGAAUAAUUGUGUUAUUAAUAUACACAGAAAUUGUCAAAGUGAAAUAUUUACAUUUAUAUAUUUAAUGUAAGCUACUCAUAUCAAUAUGUCAGAGAUAAACACAUAAACAUUAUAAAUUUUGCCCCUUCUCCCCUUCCCCCCACAAUAAUCAUUUAUGCAACAAUGCUUAUAUCAUUUUAAUUUCGCCUGCAUAUAAGCAUGUAUCAUAUUAGUUGCAGAUAUUUUCUUCAGUUUUAAUAUGCUGAGGUGUGGGUUUCUUUUAUAUUUUUGUUUGCUUGAAAUUAAAAAUGCAGAAUGCCAUGUAUUUCACCAAUAAUUUCUUACUAUUGUAUAAUUAGUUUUUACAUAUUCUCAUGCACAUCAUAGUGAGGCAACAGAAAUCUUGGUUUAAAAUGUUCUUGUGAUGAAUAAAUGUUAGAAGGAAACCAACAUAAACUUCGUAUACUACAUUUAAGAUAAUAUUUUUGUUACAACAUCUGCUUCAUUCAAAUCUGAACUUAAUUUUUAAAUUAAUAAUCUGAUUUGUUUCAUGCCUAAACUUGUUUACAUUUUUUUAUAAAUUCUGUUUUUUUUUCUUUCUGUAUGUUCAUUUUCCAAAGGUGUUCAUGUUUCUUUUAUUUCUUAAGAUUUUUUUCUGGCAUUCUUCCUUUAAUCUAU